AUGGGACGCAUUUGGAAGGUGCCGAUUUUUAUCGGAAUUAAAGUGAAAAUAAAUAUUAAACCAAAUACACCAGCGAUAAAUGAUUCUCACAAAGAUAAUAUAGUUCCAGAAACGAAACCGACUAAAAUGAGUAUUCCUGAGACGUUGGCUUGUUUGCGAAUGAUAAAAUUAAGGAUAACAGAAACAAUAGGUGGGAUACCUGAUAUGACUAAUGCCCAAAUAGUGGGCAUAUAUUUUGAAAGAAUAAAAUAUAGGAGGAUUGGUAAACCGAUAUCAACAAAUAUCAGUAAUAAAGGAAACAAUAUUUUUAUCUUAUUUCUUUUAUUUUUUGGGGCUGAAUUAGUUUUGAGUGUUGAAGGCGCUAAUGGCUCUGAUGUAGAUGAAGGAACUGGGGGUUCUACUGCCGAUGAAGAAGUCGAGUCCCUCAAUGGUCGAGCUACAUGA